CCUUCUCUGACAACACACACACACCAGCGCCAUUAGCGCUGCGACGGACACUGAAAUAACCGAAAGCUGAGCAGUCGCUAUGGAUUCCAAGUCCGGCCGACUCCCCUUCGUGUCGAGCUCCCGCUCGUCCUACACCAGCCCUUCCUCCUACUCGGCCUCCUCUUCCUCGCUGAGCUCCAGCAGGCUGUAUGGGCGAGAGAGGUUGCUGAGCAGUGACCGCUUCCCUCGCUCCACCACAUCGCUCAAGCCAGAGCCGGACCUCAAGGGCUCGCGGUACCUGAGCUCCAGCAGAGAGUAUGGCGGGGGGACCGCCUCCACCCGGGCCCCCAGCUGGAAGGUGCCCUCGUCCCUGAGCGCCACCACCUCGUCGUACGAGAGGCCCUGGGCCAGCCCCUCGCUCCUCAGCCAGGACAAGCUGAGCUCGGAGCGGCGGCUGGGCUCGUACUCCGGCCUGCUGGCCUCUGACGACGGAGAGUCCAAGCGCGCCAAGCUCUCCUACAGCAGCAGCACUGCAGCGUAUCCCCGGAGCAGCCUGGGCUCCUCCACUACCCCGGGGUCCCUGUACUCUAGCAGCAGGCUGACCAGUAUCACAGAUUCUAGUGACCGGACAGACGCCGCUCUCCGGCGCUCCACUGGUCUCUCCGCUGGCCUCUCCUCCUCCAGACCUUCAUCGACCUCCUCCUCAUCGUGGUCUUCCUCGCCCAGCUACCUGUCGGCCCGGCGGGACGCGGAGAGGAGGGCGGAGCUCCGGUCCGAGCUGACGGAGCGACGCGUGCGCACCUCUGCCCCGAGCAGCACCUCCGCCUCGCUAUACUCCACAGACCGGCUGACCUCCUCCUACGCCCAAGGAGCGCGGCCCAAGGAGACCCUCUACUCCUCUUCCUCUUCCUCCUCCUCGAUGGCUAGGGAGAGCUCACUGGGCCGCUCUCACCUCCCCUCCUCCUCCUCCUCCUCCUCCUACCAGUCCCAGGCGCCCGUACGCUCCCUCCGCACCUCCUCCAGCCUGCGCCCGUCCCACCAGGAGGCGACGGCGUUCUCCUCUCCUCCCCCUCCUCCGCGCGUCUCCUCCGCCCCCACCCCGGCCGCCACCUGGCAGAGCUCCGUCCGUCACACCCCCGCCCAGCGUCCGGCCGAGGCCGACGGGCGCCUCUCCAACCGGCGCCUCUUCUUCCGCCUCUUCUCCCGUCGCUCCGGGCAGGACUCCUCCUCCUCUUCCUCCUCUUCAUCAUCCUCCUCCUCCUCCUCCAGUAGCCCCCCUCCCACUGUGCCACGCCCCCGGGCCACGCCCGACGGCGCCGCCGCCACUCCGUCUCCGCCGCCGUCGUCGGUGGCGGGCUCCGGAGGGGCGGAGCCUGAGCCCCGGGAGGUGGACACGGUGCAGGCGUUCGCCUUCCUGCGGCGCCGGCGCCAGGACCUCACCCCCAUCCAGGAGACCCCCCGCCAGGCCAGCGGCAGUGCCGGGGCCGGGGGGCCGGGCUCCACCUCCACCUCCUCUUCCUCCUCCUCCUGGCUGUCCUCCUCGCUGCGGAGCCGCUGCCCCCCGCUCUUCUCCCGCCACCGCCGGGAGAGCCGCGACGAGACCGUGCAGCGGUCGGGCGCGCAGGACGGCUACGACAUCCUGCGCCAGGCGCUGCGCCGGCCCACCGUGAGCCAGGACCCCCAGCACAAGUCCUCCGACGAAGAGGACGAGGAGGACGAAGAGGACGAUGAGGAGGAGGAGGAGGAGGAGGCAGCAGGGGGCGCCGCGGGCCCCGGGGGCGUCAUCCUGGUCCGACCGCUCAGGGGCGUGUGCAGAGACCGAGGGGCGGCCCCGUCCGGCACGCCGACGGCGGUGUCGGCGUACCGGGACAUCGUGGCGGGGGUGGACCCCCGGUACCAGGCUGAGGGGAAGGCGCAGGAGGCCCGGCCGGACCUCUCCAGAGACCCCGAGAGGCUCCGCAAGAUCCAGGAAAGCCUCAUGCUGGAGGACUCUGACGAGGACGAGGGAGACCUGUGUCGUAUCUGCCAGAUGGGGGAGGACUCCCCGGGCAACCCUCUGAUCCAGCCCUGCCACUGCACCGGCAGCCUGCAGUUCGUCCACCAGGAGUGCAUCAAGAAGUGGCUGCGCUCCAAGAUCAGCUCCGGCACCAGUCUGGACGCCAUCACCAUGUGUGAACUGUGCAAAGAGAAGCUGCACCUGAACAUCGACAACUUUGACGUCAGCGAGCUGUACAGGACACACGUGCAGUCGGAGUACGAGUUUGUCAGCAGCGGUCUCUAUCUGGUGGUGCUGCUGCACCUGUGUGAGCAACGGUUCUCUGACGUGCUGGGGGCAGCCAACGAAGCUGGGUUCUUCAACCUGGCGAGAUCUCUUCACGAACACAUGGACAGUCUUGAAAGCCCCCCCGGGGAGACGGAGGACGAGGACGAGGAUGAGGACGUCGAUGACGGACAGGUUGACGUGGCGUCGGUCCUUGACAACAGGCCCUCUAUCGACUUCUCCGAUCUGGAGGACGAUGAUGAUGAGGAGCAGUACUGACCGGCCGGAUGCAGUUGCUGUGGAAACGCAACAUGGCGACGGUGUGUGGAUGACCCAAAUGUUUCCACAGCUAUGGUUAUUGAGGUCGCCUGAACACACACGUGCACACCUCCACCACACAUACACACGGCCGUUGUUAAUCUGCUCAAAUGAGUGUUCGGGGAUGUCGCCUGACAAUUUAUGAUGUCAAUUGGAAACUAUUGCAGUAGCCUGUUUUUACCAGAGUUGGUGCUGUUGCUGCAGUCAGAUUGGUAGACUUGAAUUUCAAAUACUUAGAAACGGGGGGGGGGGGGGGGGGGGGUGGUGGUGGUUCAAACUAAUUAGUUCAAACUAGAUGGUUCUUUGAGAUGUUCGGAUGUUGGCAACAGAUGGGUUUUGAGUGCACUUUUGCUAAUCUGUUUAGCUAAUUAUAAAAAAAAUAUGGGGAAGAAAAUUGCUUUAAGAAAUGUUCAACCAAGAGUGCUUUAAAAGAAGCUGGAUUUAGACAGAACCUGCAACUUCUGUCUGUCUGUUAUUGCGGGCUUGAAUCGGGCACUGAUGAUGCAUGCCCGGCUGGAGUUAUUUGUUUGUGGGCUUUGAUCUGAGACAACCUUUUUAAAGAAGGGUCAUACAUGCUGGCAAGCAAUUAUCUCUUAUCCCACCACCCCCGUCCCCAAAGCAUUUUGCGCAAAGUGAAUCCUACAUGAUGGGGCCCAAUGUAGCUGAAAGACGCUCCAGGGAAACGUGCCACUGCAAGAUUUCUGUUCCUCCUGUACCUUGUCAAGUGGUCUUUUUAUUUUGCUUCCGAGUUGGCUUUGUGUAUAUAAAAGUAGUUUUCCCGAUUUCAUUUUUGCAAUAAAGACUAAUGUAAACAAAGUGUCAUUUGUACUCAACUUGUUACUAGGUUAACUGUAAUGGAAAAUACAUCCCUGAAUACAUGCAUUAAUUUGGUUGUUUGCUGGGGCAACAUCUUUUAAACGAUGCACUAACCAUAGAACCUCGGACAACAACAUCAAAACAUAUCUCUCGCAAAGGUGAACUAUAAGAAUUGAUUUGUUAUUGUGCAGGACAUAGCAGUUUGCAAUGAAGUUUUGUCAUGCAUGCAGUAGGCACACAUACUCUCAGGUAUCAAUGUGUUAAGUAUGGAUGUGUCGUUUGCACCUAACCCAACGUAAAUUAAUAUAAGAAACCUUUUUCAACACAAGCACGGAAGAUAAACUGCUAGAAAUUACCCAAUUUGGAUUGACUGCCUUUGUGUAUCUGGCCAUAAGAUCCCGUCUGCCAUCACAAUGUCUUGACCAAGCAUGGAAAGUAUGGCGUUGAUUGCUGUGGCGCUGGUGAUCACACACCUUCCAACACUUACGAUCCAAGACCGAAGAGCAUAGGGUGAGAUUGUUGGGAUGAAAAGACAUCCCAGAUGAUAAUGUACCUAUACUGUUCUGGCCCCUGGUCAUUAGGAAUGAUGGCUUUUGGCUGGUGUCCAGAAAUGUGAGGUUUGCAGUGUGUAUGGGCCUAGGAUUGCAUGACUCAAGGAUGCCAGGCAGCACCAUGGGGUCUGAUAUAUGUUGGUGUCUGCCUAGUCAACAUAUUAGCUCAUGAUGCACUGCAUAUGUUUGUCUCCAUGACUCAAAGAUAAAUAAUAAUGUAACCCAGUAUUCAUAUAACCCAGUUUUCAUAUAUGAAAAGAGGAAUCUGUCAAAAGGACGCAGCUUUGACUAGUAAGUGAACUUAUGUGAAAGUUAUGUCUAAAUUAAAGUUUACACAGUGGUCAAUGUGGAAUGACAACUGGCAAAAGGUUAUUCGAAUUGAAGGGUCUUAUAAAAUGACAAACUUUAAAGUGAACGAGAGGGAACGUGGAUUCAGCUUAUCACACAAAUUUGUUUCAUAGUGUUUCGAGAAUCACUUGGUGUUUUAAUCUGAAUUAAAGAGCCCAGGACAGCAUAUGUAAAGGCAUGUCAUUUUAUUGGACUGCAGUCGAGACUGUACCUGGAUUGAGCAGAGGAGGUGUUUAGUAGAAAACACAACUGGAUCAGAUAAAAACCAAGGUGAGUUUGAGGCCGUUGGCGUGUUUGGAGUAUUCCUUGGAAAAAAAAACAACUAAAAGGAACGCCAUAAAUGUUGAGCAGGUUUUAACAUCUUUGGUUCAUCGUUAGUUAGAUAAAAAAAAAAAAAAAAUCGGUAUUUACAAAGCAGUUAACGGGAACACGAGUGCAAUUGGACGGUUCUCUAAAAAUACAUUUAAAGAGAAAAUCGAAAACUUCAUUGUGCUUAAAACAUCAAACACAUUAUUGCUCAAAGGCUAAUUAAAGUGCAUACUCGCUCAGUAGUUUUAAGUGCAUAGCAAAUGCUGAUUUACACACAGAAAAAAAAAAAAAACAUCCAUUCCCACAACAGACCCAUUGCUCCACAUUGCUUAGGCAAGUCUUACAAAACAACCCUCAAAUAUUGUAUUAAAAUCCCUCAGUUUGAUCCGAUCACUGAGCGUCCCUCUAGUAUCAAAAAGGCAUCUGUAAAUCAGUAAAGAACAAACCCUGAACCACGUUCUCUAUUAACAUUCCUUAUCCCAUCCAAGAGAACUGAAAAGAAUAGAGAACA